CUUGACAAUCGCUUUGUUUAUUUCUAAAAAUAGUUUUUAAAUUUGUUAAGCUAGUCCUAGAAAUUAUUAAGCUUGAAAGUUUAUUAUUUAAAUAUUUUUUACUAAUAGGUGCUCUUAGAAGCUAACGUUCGCCUUCUAGGCGACACUCUACGAAAUGAAUAGUUUAUGGAAAAAAUGGUGCAGACUAUGUGCCGACGAGCAACCUGGCAGACACUUAGAAUCACUCGAUGAGCUAAAUAAGAUCAUUUUAAGGCAUCUGAACUUUUCGCUACAAGAAAUAACGAAUUCAGAUAGUUGGAUCUGCAAGGCAUGUUACGAUUUUGUGCACAGAUUGGACAGUUUUAAGGAACGCUACCAGCAAACACAUAAAAUGCUCGUAGAGUUAUAUUCUUUGAACGAAGAUGAACUAUUAGAAACAAAAUUACAAGAAAUUCGAUUUAGGCUUUUAGAUGAUCCCACGAUUACACCUGUCAAGGAAGAAAUUUUCGUUCAAACUAUUAACUGGUGCUCCGAUAACUAUUUGGACAUGCCUGAAAUAUGUCAAAAUACAGAUGAACGUUUUUGGAAGAAGAGUCGAAAGACAUCGAAUAAGGAGAAGUCUCAAAUCAGCGAACAGUGGGGCGAAGCUGUAAACCCACGUAAUGAUGAUUACUCGGAUAACGAGGUAUCAGAUGAACUCAACAUUUCCGAUGCUUCGGAAUCAGAGCAUCCAUCAGCAACUGGUUUUGACUGCAACAUAGAGAAAACGAAGUUCAAACGUGUUGUGAAACGGAAAUCGCAGAAGAAAAUUACAGGAACAAGCUCGCCGGAAAAGGAAAAAGCUGUUAAGCAACCGUGGAAGUGUGAACCUUGUAGCUUAGAGUUCCGGCAUAAAUCCGCUUACAUGACCCAUCUCGAAUCAAAACAUUCCCAUUCUGAGGAACUUUUAUUUCCUUGCUCUGCAUGCCCUAAACGAUUUGCAUCGGACAAACGAGCAAAGUCACAUGGGGAAAUCCAUCUCCCGAGUGAAGUUAAAAAUAUUCACCCUUGCCGUUUUUGUGAUAAAAAAUUCAGUAAGUUGGCGAGUGUGGUUUUGCACAUAAAAGCAAUCCACAUCGGUGAACGGCCGUACGUUUGCGAGGAGUGCGGUAAGGAUUUCACAACAAAUGGAUCACUUAAGGAACAUCAGACAACUCACAGUAACGAGCGACAGUUCAUGUGUACGCAGUGCCCGAAAGGAUUCAAGAACUUGCCAGCGCUGAAGAACCAUAUCGAUACACAUUCGGACACAAAUUACGUUUGCACCCAUUGCGGGCUUAAACUGAACACAAAACGAACCCUACGGCGGCACAUGGUCGUUCAUUCGGAUCAGAAAAAUUUCAAAUGCCAAUAUUGUGGCAACGAGUUCAAACGAUCCAAAACGUUGAAGAAUCAUCUCAUGCUUCACACGGGCCACCGGCCGUAUAAAUGCCCCUUCUGUGAAAAGACAUUUGCCACCGGUCCGAACUGUCGUCAACACAAAAAGAUUGCCCACCCACUGGAACUAGAUGCGCUGGAAGCUUCCGGAGAGCAAAUCUGGGCUACCGACGUCCCAAAGCUAGAACAACUGCAACCCAAACGUCCAAGGGUUGUUGAUUCAGUCGAAUGAUGUGUUAAUUGUGCAAAAUAAUCGAACAUUAAUGUGGUUUUUCAGAUAUAUCGCGACAUCUUUAGGAGGUGUGGGCUCUUUUGGAUUUCCAAACAAGGAAAGUCUUGAAUAAACAUUAAAACCAAGAAGCAUGGCAUAGAGGUCGAA